AUGGUUAAGGCUGUGAUAUUUACUGAUUUUGACGGGACUGUCACCUGGCAGGAUUCCAACGAUUACCUUACUGACACCUACGGCUUCGGUAAGGAGACUAGAGGCAAGAUCUUCGAAGGUGUCUUGGACGGGAGCAAGUCUUUCAGAGAUGGGUUCACUGCCAUGAUCGAUUCCAUUAACAAGCCCUUACCCGAAUGUAUGAAGGCAUUAGAGGAAAAGAUCCAGUUGGAUCCUGGCUUCAAAGACACUUUUGAAUGGGCUCAAGCUAAUGAUGUCCCAAUCAUCGUUGUUUCCAGUGGUAUGAAAACGAUUAUUAAGGAUUUGUUGACCAGACUACUAGGUGCUGAAUCUGUGACUAAGUUGACUAUCGAAGCCAAUGAAGUUGAAGUUGGUUCUGAUGAUCAAUGGAAGGUUAUCUUCAAAGAUGAAACUCCAUUUGGUCACGAUAAAUCUAGAACUAUUGCUGCCUACAGAGAAAAGUAUGAAGCUCAUUUGAAAGAAGGUGAACAAAGACCAACCUACUUUUACUGUGGUGACGGGAUCUCUGAUUUGAGUGCUGCUAAGGAAUGUGAUUUGUUAUUCGCCAAGAGAGGUAAGGAUCUCGUCACUUUCUGUAAGAGACAAGACGUUCCCUUCCAUGAAUUCGACACUUUCGCCGAUAUCUUGAACAAUAUGAAGGCUGUAUUGGACGGUAAGAAGACUGUUAAGGAGUUAAUGGAAAAUUGA